AUGCUUCAACCGUCGUCGAGCUCCUCCGUCCUCGGCGACGAGCCAUCAACCGCGCCCUCAACGCCAGCUGACCCAGAUUCUAGACCACUCAACGACCACAAACCAGUUGACGACAACGAGGCAGAAAGCGAGCUUAGUGAGCCAGACAGCACCGUUCGAUCGCCAUCAGGGGUGGGUCUCACCGAUCCGGAGCGCUCCAUCGUCGCUGAAGCCAUGGCUAACGGUCGUCGAAAGUCGUCGCCUCUCCGCGUCACGUCCGAGAAUGAGGACGAGGCCAUGACCGACUCGCCAGCAACUGAACCCGCGGGCUUCCACUAUCCCAAGCGCAAGCGCAACUCCGUCUUCACCGACCUCAGCGAGAGCAAGAUGGAGGUCCACACCGACGGAUCAAGGGCUUCUCUGCCCGCCCAGGGCCUCAAGCCCAAGUCGUCGCGACAGAGCAUGGGAAGCGUCCGCGGCGUCUUGCUGGGCCACUGGAGAGACUCAACCAUCCCCGACCCUGAGCACCGCCACGCCGUGAUUGGCUUCAUUGACAGUCGCGAACGGUUGCGCACUCGCAUCCAGCCCUUCACCCUCACCAACGAACCGAUCAGCGGCGACUACCCCAUGCCUCCGGGACCUGGCGGCAGCUGGGUUACGUUUGAACGGGUCGUCUUCUCCAAGCAUCUGGUCGGCCUUGAUCACUUCCAGGUCAAGGAGUAUGUGAGGCUUCGCACGGACAGCAAAGAGGAGACGGAAGAGGAGCGCAAAGCGGCCGAGCUCGCGGCAGUCAAGGAGGCCAUCCGCAGAGUCAAAGAGAACCCGGCCUUUGAUAACCCGACAACUCAGCCCCCUAUAGCCCACGGGCCCGAACUGCCCGAGUCGGCCUUUGCCAUUGGUCGCCCCGAUGCCAAGCGAAGACGGGUGAGCAGCGGCUUUGCGGCCAUCAACACAGGCGGCAGCAACAGCCCUCCGGAGCGUUCGCCUUUGCUGUCGUCCCAACCGGCCCUGCAGCCCCGGCCGGCCCAUGUGCCCAAGCUACAUGGUCCACUGCCGGGCACUCGGCCCACGCGCAUCUUGUUGGGCUAUUGGAGGGGCUCCAGCGAAGAAGACACCCGGGACCGCCACGCCGUGUAUGGCAUCCUGGGGCAGAAUGACAUGUUCAGAGUCAAGGUAGUCCGCGAAACCCGUGACGGCCGCUUCGUCGAUGGCAACUUUCCCUCAGGCGCGGGCGCAUUGUGGAUUCAAUAUGAAGAAGUCGAAUUCGAACCGCACCUGAAGCCUCUGCAAAGAGUCGAGAUCAAAGAGUACUGCAGAAUCAGGGCCGUGCAGGAGGCGCAGGCCCGCGCAGGCUCCGGCUACAGACACAUCCACCAGCCCAUUGCGCCGUAUCAACCCAUCGCUACUGACGACGUGGACCUGGCGAAUCAAUCAGAAGUCAAUGGAGUGCAGCCCGAAGUUCGACAGUCUCGCCGCGGCGAAUCUCGGGCCACGCCUCGACAGUCCUUCACCGAGACCGACGUGCGCCAGCCGCGCGCCUACGCCGAGCAGGAGCCCUCGCGUCCCGACUCUCGCGCCACGAACCGCAGCCAGAACACGGACGGAGUGGAGCGGGCUCAUGCGCUUGCCCGCAGGGAAAUUGCGCGCGUCGAGGCCGCCCAGGGCCGUGCUGACCGGCAUGCCAUGCACCGCGAGCGGGCCGCUGCCCUCGUUGCCGAUGCCGCGGCUGCGGCUGCUGCGGCUGUCGCUGCAUCGGCGCCGCUCCAGUCUCCUACCACCAAUGGCAGGGCUCCCUUCUACGAGUCGGAGGACAUGCAGCGUCUCAACAAGGUCUGGGCUCGCCAGGAGAUGCUGCGUCUCAAGGCCGGUGCCGAGGACGCCAAGGUGUACGACGGCGUCAAGUAUGAGCGCAAGACCAACGGGCCCUUUAUGGGCAAGCUCGUCUCGCAGGGGACCAUUAUCAACAUUGAUGGCGAGGACUACGUUGAGUACCGCGUUCUCACCAAGCCGUCCUUUUUCUAA